UACUUGCAGUGCUAUGGCGUACCAGGAAGGGGAGUCGCUGGAAUCUUGGCUCAAUAAAGCCACCCAUCCAACAAACAGACAAGAGGACUGGGAGUACAUCAUCGGCUUCUGUGAUCAGGUCAACAAGGAGUUAGAAGGCCCUCAGAUAGCGGUAACUCUGCUUGUGCGCAAAAUCUACUAUUCACAAGAAUGGGAGGCUCUCCAAGCGCUAACAGUACUGGAGGCAUGCAUGAAGAACUGUGGGAGAAGGUUUCACAAUGAAGUCGGGAGGUAUCGAUUUUUAAACGAGCUGGUCAAACUUGUCUCUCCAAAGUAUGUCGGCAACAGUACGCCUGAGAAGGUGAAGAGGAAGAUUUUAGAGAUGCUGUACAGCUGGACAAUUGCUUUUCCCAAAGAAACCAAGAUCAACGAAGCCUACCAGGCGCUGAGGAAAGAAGGGCAUGUCACACAUGAUCCAGAGCUGCCAGUGGACAGGACUCUGAUUCCUUCUCCUCCAACACGACCAAAACACCCAGUGUUUGACAAUGAGGACAUGGGCAAGCUGCUUGCUGAGCUCCUCCGGAGUAAAAAUCCAGAAGACCUUCAAGAGGCCAACAGAUUAAUCAAAAACAUGGUGAAAGAGGAUGAGGCUCGGGUGAUGAAGGUGACGAAGCGGAUGCACACUUUGGAGGAGGUGAACAUCAAUGUGAAGUUGCUGACUGAGAUGUUGACCCAUUACGACAAAGACAGCUCCAGUGACUCAGACAAGGAGAUCAUCAAGGAGCUCUACGAGCGGUGUGACAAGCUGAGGCGUGCUGCUUUCAAAAUGGCAACAGAGACGGAGGACAAUGACACCACUUUAGGUGACAUCCUCCAGGCCAGCGACGAUCUCUCCAGAGUCAUCAACUCGUAUAAGACGAUUGUCGAGGGUCAGCCGAUCAACGGCGACAGUGAGGAACCUCAGUCAACAGCUGCAGAGACUACAGAUACACUGAUUGACCUCAGCGGCCUUGAUGCACCCACCCCUCCUCAGCCGGCUCCCCCCCAGUGCGCGGUUCCUAUCUCUGCCAACCUCACAGCGUCUCCCAUCCCCGUGCUGCUUCCUCCUCCCCCCAAACGCCUCGCCGACUCCCACGGGAGUCAGAGCUGUAGCCCCAGUCAUCCCGCCCAGGAAAAGGCGUCCGCUGCACUCUCUCUACUGGACGAUGAGCUGCUGUCCCUCGGGCUGAAUGAUCCCCAUACCUCUUUGAGCAGCCAAGCAAAACCCAGUUUCAGUGACAUCUCCAGUCAGUGGACGUCUUUGCAGGCCUCCGCAGCAAGUGUGGACAUGUUCAGCAGCGUAGCGUUUUCUGCUCCAGUGGCGCCUCCAGCCGAACCAGCUGCCGCACAGAGUCUGCAGAGCCUGCAGGAUCUGGCCAUGAUGGGCUUUUCAGAUCAGCAAAGGUUGUCCAGUCAGAUGACGGCCAGAGGAAACAGCUUUGGGAUGGCGGCGGCGGCGGCGGCGGCACGUCCCCUCGUACCCGGGCAGGGCUCUCCCUCUGCAGCCUCUCUUCUCCACAGCACGAUGCCUGGCUCUCCUGCCAUGUCGCAUUCACCGGCCCAGAGCCUCGGCAUGGCCCCAGGCAGCCCGCUGUUCCGCUCUCUGUCUCCCUGCCACCCACCACUCCAGGGGAGUCCGGCCAGAGGUUCAGACAUCUCCCUGAGCGGGACGCACGUCCCUCUGGAGGCCAUCAGACCCAGUAAAGUCUUACCUGUGACCGCCUACGAUAAGGACGGUGUUCGCAUACUGCUCAACUUUGCAUCUGACUGUCCUCCCGGGAGGCCUGAUGUGUUGGUGAUGGUGGUGUCCAUGCUCAACACUGCACCCCUGCCCGUUCGCAAUGUGGUCCUGCAAGCUGCUGUGCCCAAGUCAAUGAAGGUGAAACUGCAGCCCCCGUCAGGAACGGACCUGGCGCCUUUCAACCCCAUCCUUCCUCCAGCCGCCAUAACUCAAGUCAUGCUGCUGGCCAAUCCAACAAAGGAUAAGGUGCGUCUGCGCUACAAACUUGCUUUCACACUGGGAGACCAUAUGUGCAAUGAAGUUGGAGAGGUCGACCAGUUCCCGCCGCCAGAGACGUGGGGUCAUUUAUAGCAGCGCAAGAGACUUGGCAGAGACGCUGCUUCUUCCUCUAUGAAGGGAUGUGUUCACAUCCAUCCCAGAGAGACCGGAGAGGUUGGGAAAACUCAGAUGGAAAACUCCAUCUUCAAGCUCCACAUUCCACACAGCUGCUCUUUUUUUUAUAUUUUUGGGUUUGUCUGUUUUUUUUAAACCGUUAUUAUUAACACAACGUUUUACUCAUACAGUGCUUGUACUUUUCUGCAGAUUGCAAAUACAGCAAAGAUACUACACACGUAAGAGUGACGCUCGCAGGUUAGUCCAGUAAAUAUUUUACUGGAUUCUUCCUGUUGAACCUAACAGACUUAAAUGUAUUCUGAAAAUGACAGGAUUCGAGCCGUGCACCAGAAAUGUUGCAGCAGAACAAAUGUAAAAAAAAAAAAAAAAAAGAAAGAAAAGUUAACUUUGAAGUUAAAGUUUAAGAGCCAGCAGGUCUGCUUUUAUUUAUUCUUCUGGCUGAGAGUUUACUCAGCCUGCAAAUGAAUACCCAGAUCUAGGUCCAGGGGUAUUUGGACGAUGAAUUUCUUUAUCCUUUUUGCUUUUAUACACCACUACGAUGGAUUGGAAAUAAAAUACUUACAAUGUAAAAAUGAAAAAAAGUGUAGUUUUCAGAUUCAAUUAGAGCUUUUACAAAGAUUUGGUGUUUGUUUAAGAAUUACAAACAUUUUAAGCAAAUUACCUCUAAUUUCAAGUGUUGGAGCAAAGCUGAUGAUGCCCUCCAGCUUAGUACCAAAGGUAAGCGCCACACAUGGCUAAUUACAAUAUUUUCAGUCAGUUGCCCAAAUACCUUUGAUCCCAUAAUAAUUUAAGAUGAUUUGCUAAAAGUAGUUGUAAUUCCUAAAAGAUGAUAAAUGCCAUCAUGAUAUUUUUUGUUUUGUUUUUUGUUUGUGGUGGUGUGUAAUAACCCUCAUAGUCCAAAUGCUUCUGGACCCAACUGUAAAUAUGUCCAGAGAUGUGAAAACUCUGGGUUUCAACAGUCAAGCAUCACUUCUCGAGAAAGUAUGACUUGUGACAUUCUUUAGUGAAUUGUGCUUUACAAGUGAAAAAGCCAAUGUAGCUGUUGGGUUUACAGUUAACAAUGAUGUAAAAAUCCCUUUUUUAGGGUAGAUAAGCAGCACUUUUGUGUUGUCAGAAGAAGAUAACGCAGCAAAACAGCACUGAAGGACAUUUUCUAGCUGCAGAUAAGAUGUGAUGACUCAAGUCCAACACUGCUUUUAUUCUAUGUGAUUUUGUUCAUUUUAAAGUGUUAAUAAUGCCCAGAUUUUUAGCAUUUCACUUGUUUUUUGGCUGUACGGUAUUCAUAAUUUUGUUACUUCAAUAGGGUUUUUUUUUUUUCCUUCUACCGCUAUCAAUAUUGGGAGUAAUUCUGUCAUAGCCAUGUGAACUGCUUGAAUCUGAAUCCAUCAGCAGGACUGUGCUCACAUUACGUUUUCUUAAGUCAGUCCACUCAGUAUUCUUUUACUCUGGAUUCAGAGAUCGUUCAAUAACCCUUUACUUUUUUUCUGCACUGCUAGUGUUUUCCUUUUCAAAGGGUUUAAUUGCCAAUCUGUCGAGCCAUUCACAUGCAGUUACCAAGUAAAAUAAAUCAUGCAGAAUCAUGUUGGAUGGGAAGUAUCAGCAAACGGACUCAGAUUUGUCAACAGGUAGUUCGGUUAUUCAGAUGAGUUGGAUUCCAAAUUAUUUUGUCCUGCUAGUUUCACUCGUCAUGGGUAAAACUUUAAUUGACGAUGGUUUUUCUAAACAUCUUUCAUCGUGGGUAUUGGAUGGCAAAAAUGGAAACAUAUCCAUUUAAAAUUCAAUCUACAACAAAAGUAAAGGGCUUUGAAUACUUUGAAUCCACGCUGGGCUCCAUGUCUGGUGUUCCUCAACUCGUGUUGUACAGGAGUGUGUUUAAUGUACAUAGUGUGUAAUGUACCUGCUGUUUGUUGUACGGCAAGUUAUGGGAACAAGUGAUGUGCCAUUUGUUUGCUGCUUAAAAAAUAAAUAAAUAUUCUUCA